CUCUAUACAAGAUCUAACAAGUUAUAGGGCCUAGGUCAAAAUCAAAUUGUGCAAUCUCUUUGCCAAAACGAUACACACAAUUGAACCGCGGUUCAAAACUUGCAUUAAAAUAGAUUAGAUGCUCAUAAAUUCGUGCUCGCCGAUCUUCAUCUUGCCGCAAAAAUUUCCACUUUUAGUUUUACAGUAGUUGUAAAGAACUGCAGAAGCUACCACUUCCAUGACUGCACUGCUACUGGGCCUGGCUUGCAAUGUUGCGCUCCCUUCUAACUCUGUCUCUGCACUCACUCACGUCACUCUCACUCAACUCAGCUCAUGCACUGCACUGCAUGCAUUGGCCAGAAUAUGCACAACAAAUGUCAACGCCUACGGAAUGGGAAUGCACAUUUGCCCAGCACUAACGUUACACCUUCUCCUUCACACAUAUCCUAGCACACAACCAAAUUGCGAACUAUUUAGAUGUAGAAUCGAAUUCUAUAGAUUUCCAAUGAAAAUAGAACGCUCACCGAAAAAUAAAGAACUUAACAACCAAACAUCAAGUAUAUAAACCGGUAUUCGUCCGUUGGUUCGAAGUAUUUUUCUCGCAACGCAUAUUGUUGCUGUAUUUCCGACUCACAUAUAUUUGCUACACGUUGAAAAAUUACCCAGAAUCCCUUUCGAUACUUGUCUGCAAUAUCAUGCGCAGAAAACUUGUGCGCAGUUUCUAAGUCUCUUCGUCGUCUGCAGCAGCAACUACUCGGAAAUCAACAAUCUAGAUCUAGACAUCUAACGUUAGGCAUAAUGGCCUUCAACAAAUUCAUGCACCCUCGCAACCGCUAUAGGGACAACAAACCAAACUUUGAUGAAUUAGCAAAGAAAUAUCCAGAGUUUGCACGUCAUGUGAUCAGGAACCAAACAGGCAAGGCGACCCUUGACUUCCAUGAUUCUGAGUCGCUGAGGUCACUAACCUGCACGCUCCUGAAGGAAGACUUUGGACUAGAGGUUGAGCUACCUCUUGAUCGUCUCAUCCCGACCCUGUCACUACGGCUCAACUACAUUCACUGGAUAGAGGAUCUCUUAGCAUCGACUGGCCACAGCAAAGGGACGGUGUGGGGCAUUGACAUUGGUUGUGGUGCAUCGUGUAUAUAUCCAUUACUUGGUGCUCAGUUGAACGGAUGGAACUUCAUUGCAUCAGAGGUAGAUGCCUUGGCUAUUCAUUAUUCUAAGGAGAACAUCACAAGUAAUGGACUUCAGGAUAAAAUAACAGUUGUGGAGACAUGUGAAGGCAGUAUGUUUGAAGAUGUAUUGAACAGCGCCCCCUCCAGACAGCAUCUCUACCACUUCACGAUGUGCAACCCACCCUUCUUUGGCAAUUCUCUGGAAGCGCAAGGAAUUAUGACAUCUCGCAGCAUGAGUCGACCUGAGCCCAAGUCAGUGAGCACUGCUGCCGAACUGGAGAUGAUCUCGGAAGGAGGGGAGGUAGAAUUUGUCCGUAGGAUGAUCGAAGAGAGUCUUCGUCUUAGGCAUCAAGUUGUGUGGUACACAUCGAUGCUGGGGAAAAAAUCCAGCCUGGCUCUUGUCAGAGAGGAGCUUAGAAAACACAAGGUCCAGAAUGUGACACAUACUGAGUUUUGCCAGGGUAGAACAAUGCGCUGGGGUAUUGCAUGGACAUUCAAGGAGGAUAUUCAAUCACCGCUUCCAGCAUGCAAGAUGCGGAAAGCUGUCGAGAAGAAUACCCCUUUCACUGUCCCAGUCCCAGAUACUUACAUCCAGCAGGUGUUGGAGCCUGGAUUGAGUGGAGGGUUGCAGAACAAGAUCCAGGCUGUGGUCAAGGCUGUACAUACCAUGAUGCAGAAAUUAGAGAUGUCUGUAAAUAAGAAGCCCUCAUCAAAAUGGUGUGCCAAGUUUGUUUUGACUGCCUUGAGGAACACAUGGUCGCAUCAACGCAGGAAACGACGCAGAGAGAAACUUGAUCAGUUGAAAUCAACAGUCUCUCAUACGCUAGCUAGAAGGCCUUCACAGGAAGAAUCAUCAACAGCAUUGUCACAAUCAAAAUCAGUAGUCCCCUCAUCUUCCAGGAUCAUGGUAGGAGAGAAAGCAAGACUUUGUCAUGAUGGACCAGACCUUCCCUUAUCAACAUCAUCUAAAGCUGAUGAAGGUUUCCAGGAUGGUGAGGAAGGUACAAGGAAAAGGUCCAUUUUCCCAGGUACGGACCAACCACGUCCUUCGCCUCCAAGAACAAUAAUCACUGCUGCUUCUGAGGAUGGCAUGGUAUUAAAGAAGGCCAGGCUGGAUCUUUCUUGUUCCCCAGGAGAUCUAGGCAUACCAACUUGUUUUAUGAAACUCCAAACUCCUGUAGCAAUUACCAACAUCUCAAAGGCAUCAUGUAAGAGGAGUAUAGAAUCCAUAGAUUCAUCGUCACCUGAGGACACCAUUGCUAUGGAAGGUCAUGAUUGUGCGAAAGGAUGUAAUAAAGGUGCCAUCGGAGUUUCUGCGUCAUCUCCAGGAAAGAAUACAGACCUAGGGCCCAACAUUGCCAUUGAAAGGCUUGGAUGUGUCAGUAAAUCUCCAUCAUCUCAAGGAAAGAUGAUAGACCAUGACCCCAAUACUGCAUCAAGGGACCCUACAAAAGCAAGGGAAAUGAUGGCAGAUGGGUCCAGAGUCAAAGACCUGUCAUCAUCAUCAUCGGAUGAAGCGGAAGAUUGCUAUCCACUGGACAUAAACCUUGAUAUUAAACUCUGUGAUAGAAGGACCAUUGUGUUUGUUGCAAGUGUAACAGACUCUUCUAAAAGGAAUCUUCUUCACCAAGUUGUCCAGUACAUCAAGAAUCAAAUGAAGUAAAGCAUUUCUAUUUCUUGUCAAAGACUCAAAAUAAGGGUUUUGUUGGAGAUUGAUAUUUGUUUUCUAUAAGAAUGUUGUUUUAUUCUGUGUUACCUCAUACGAGAUGUUGAUAUAUAUAGUACAUCAAGUGAAAUCAAACAUAACAAUGAAGAUGGAAACGUGAUCAAAUAUAAAAUAUUUCACCACAAUAAGAAAGAAAAAUUCAUUGGAAUUGUAAAGUUUGGGUUUGUCAUGAAAACAAUAAAUAAUAUUCAUCUUGGCUACAUGCAAUGAGUGAGUUGAUAAUGUAAUGGGCAAUGGCAAAUCUAGGGAGCAAGAAGGACACUUGCGAUAGGUAGCACAUUAAGUGGGUGCAAUAAAGGCGAAAUUUAGAAUUAAAAAUAAAUACAUGUAUAAGGAAAACAAAAGGAUAAAAAGAUGAAAAUAUAGGUAAUAGUUUACUAUGAUUAUUAAACAAGGAAAGUACUUGCAUGGAAAUAUUUUCAUUUAAAUUUGAAAGGAAAACCCCCAACUCUUUAUCAAAGAGAAAAAUAGGAUUUCAUCUCUAGAGUAAAUGAAUGGUGCACCUACAAUGUAGAUGUAAAUGUAAGGUUUGAAAUUUGUGAAAUGUUAGAUCACAAGUUUGAAAACUCAUGAAUUAGUUUUUGAGAAA